AUGGAGGACCCUGAAAAGAAGGUGAAUCAGAAGAGUGAUGGCAAACCCCGGAAAGUACGAUUUAAAAUCUCCUCUUCCUACAGUGGUCGAGUGCUGAAGCAGGUCUUUGAGGAUGGGCAGGAAUUAGAGUCACCAAAGGAGGAAUACCCUCAUAGUUUUCUCCAGGAGGUUCUUGAACCCAUGGAUGGUGUCUACGGAUCUGGGGAAUCCCCCAAGUCCCCGCUGUAUGCCCCUAGGCUGACUGCUCAGAGGAUCAGUGUGUUCAGAGAAGGUAGUGCCUACACGUUGGCUGGCAGCCAGCCUCUGUUCAAUGAUUACAAGGCGAAUGACCAUAAGCCCCCACCUAUUAUAGAUUUUGGAAAGAUAAUCAUCUACACAAAUAACCUGAAAAUCAUUCGAACCCCGAUGGAGAAGAGGGACUUCAUGAGGAAAAUUCUCCAGAAGGAAGGGGAAACUGAAGAAGAGUGUCUGAUGAGCAAGGAAGAAAGCUAUGGAGACAGAGACCAGAAUGACAGGCCUUUGGAGGAGCCAGAAGACACAUUUCCCCAUAAUCAGUACACACAGGAUGGGGAGCUUCCUGAAGACAACUGUUUCCACUGCCGAGGGUCUGGCAGUGCCACCUGCUCUCUGUGCCACGGCAGCAAGUUCUCCAUGUUGGCCAACAGAUUUAAGGAGUCCUACCGGGCCCUGAGGUGCCCUGCCUGCAAUGAGAAUGGCCUGCAGCCUUGUCAGAUUUGCAAUCAAUAG